AUGGCCGGCUUUCAGACAUCAGAGGAAGACCAUCAUCUCUAUCCGGAUCAUAGCUUCAUUCAUUCCAUUGAGGUCAAUGACCACACCACCUCUAGAAUACAUACGACAUUACAUGACGCGAGAGCGCAUGGUCAACACACACCUAAAGCGCCCUCGUUCCGCUUGCAGCCAAUACAACCACAACCUAACUUGCACGAGAUUCAACAACCGAAACUACUGGUAGUCCCGAGGAGACGGCAUCUUCCUAUAAUAGUUUUUGUACUGAACAAGCGAGUCAUCGGUCAGCAAAAAGGGCGACUCGCCCCCCGGGGCAUACUACCAAGGAACAAUGCUUGCCUGAUUGCGUGCGCCUAUUACCCCUUCUCCGCAAAUAAGACUGUUGAGUCACCCAUAAACCGUGAGUGGGGCGUGCUAGCAGGAAGUCCGGUAAUGAAAAUAGAAAACCUUGCUUCCAUCCCCUUGCAUCAGGUGUCGGUGGAAAGGAAUCCUCUCGUCCUCAGACCAGGGAUAAUGGACCUAAAUAGUGGAAAAUCUCUUUCUAGCUCACAGAGAGGCUUUCGGGAAGGCAAAGGUGGGCUAGCUCAACUUAGGCUACCGAGUUAA